AUGCAACAGAUGUUGAAAGCGGGACCAAGAAAUUUUCCAUUCGACCAUGAUUGUGCUAAGUAUCGAUGCUGCUGCUACUCUAUUCAUGUGAAGCACGGAGCAUAUGCGAUCGCUGUAAUAUCUUCAUUUUUUAUCAUUAGCAAUUUGAUCCUGAAAGCAUUGGGCUUGUCGGAUAUUGACUGGAAUUGGGAAUUGCUAUUUUUGGUUGUUGAUACUGCUGUGGUAUUAUCACUGUUUUAUGGGAUUAUCAGCGAAAAAGCAGCGCUACUUCAACCAUUUGUUGUCCUCAAUGUACUAACGAUCUCAUUUCUGUUGCUACUUUCGAUAUUCUUUAUAAGUGCUGGCUACGAUUCGCAUUCCUAUGCGGCUGAAUAUGUCGAAUUGGUGAUCGGCGAUCGAAUGCAGCAAGUUGCUGAACUAAUUUCUGUACCUCAGUCAAAUGGUUCCUCUUCUUUUUUGCAUAAUAUGAAUGAAAGGAUUGUUAUUGUAAGAUAG